AGACAUUUGCUAAACCCAAAAAAUGGAAACUAAAAUUCUUUCAGAAGCCAAAAGACUCCACUUUGUUUUGAUCCCUCUCAUGGCUCAAGGGCAUCUGAUUCCCAUGGUUGAUAUCUCCAAGAUUCUUGCGCAACAUGGCAACGUCGUUACCAUAAUUUCAACCCCUCAUAAUGCUUCAAGAUUUACGCAUACAGUUGAGCGGGCGAGAUCAGAGUCGGGUCUCGAAAUCAACGUCGUGAGAUUUCCAAUUGCCUACAAAGAAUUCGGUCUUCCUGAAAAUUGUGAGACUCUCGACACUUUACCCUCCAAAGACCUCCUAAGGAGAUUCUAUGACGCUGUGAAUAAGCUUCAGGAGCCAUUGGAAAGGUUUCUUGAGCAGCAAGAAAUCCCUCCAAGUUGCAUAGUUUCUGAUAAAUGCCUUUUUUGGACGUCAAAAACGGCAAAUAGAUUCAAGAUCCCGAGGAUCGUGUUCCACGGAAUGUGUUGUUUCUCUCUUUUGAGCUCCCACAACAUCCAUCUUCAUAGCCCGCACCUCUCGGUUUCUUCAAACUCAGAGCCUUUCUCUAUACCUGGAGUACUACACAGGAUCGAGAUAGCUAGAGCUCAGUUACCCGGUGCCUUUGAGAAGUUAGUAAAUAUGGAUGACGUUCGUGUGAAGAUGCGUGAAGCUGAAUCAGACGCCUUUGGGGUUAUUGUUAAUAGCUUCCAAGAAUUGGAGCCUGGUUAUGCAGAGGCUUACUCUGAGGCCAUCAAGAAGAAGGUAUGGCUCGUUGGACCCGUUUCUUUAUGCCAUGAUCGUAUGGUGGACCUAUACGAUAGAGGAAACAACGGUAACAUUGCGAUAAGCGAGACGGAAUGCUUGAAAUUUCUCGAUUCGAUGAGACCAAGGUCAGUGUUAUAUGUUUGUCUAGGAAGCCUCUGUCGACUAAUACCUAAUCAACUGAUAGAACUAGGGUUAGGGUUAGAAGAAUCUGGAAAACCCUUUAUUUGGGUGAUUAAGACCGACGAAAAAUACAUGAGUGAGCUAAACGAAUGGCUAAAAUGUGAAAUGUUUGAAGAGAGAGUUAGGGGAAGAGGGAUAGUGAUAAAGGGUUGGAGUCCUCAGGCUAUGAUACUCUCACAUGGCUCAACCGGAGGGUUCUUGACUCAUUGUGGUUGGAACUCUACAAUAGAAGGGAUAUGUUUUGGUAUACCAAUGAUCACAUGGCCAUUGUUCGCUGAACAGUUUCUUAAUGAGAAACUAAUCGUUGAGGUUUUGAAGAUUGGGGUUAGGGUUGGGGUGGAGAUUCCGGUGAGAUGGGGAGACGAGGAGAAGAUUGGAGUGUUGGUCAAGAAACAGAGUGUUGUGAAAGCUAUAAUGCUUUUAAUGGACGAAGGUUGUCAACGUGGAGAUGACGAUGAUGAUAGAGAAUUCGUGAGACGAAGGAGACGUAUUCAAGAACUUGCAGUAAUGGCCAGAAAGGCCGUGGAAGAAAAAGGAUCUUCGAGGACUAACGUUUCAAUCUUGAUUCAAGAUAUUUUGGAGGAAUUGAGUCACGAAUAGAAAAGUCUAAGGUAUUAGCUGAUAUAUAAGAAAAUGCAAUUUUACUAUUAUGAAAAUUGAUGUCAAAACAACGAAAGUAAUAUAUACUUUUUAUUGUAAA